CAUAGUCGCUCGUGAAGGAAGGGAAAGCCGCAUAAGUAAACGGCGAGACAGUCGCCGUGAGUUAACGGCUGAACCCCGGAAACCAGUGCCCAGCAAUUCCGUGAAAGUACAAUCGACUCCUCCGUCAUUUCGGAAUUUUUUCCUCAAACCCCCCCCCCCCCCCCACUGACAGCCUUUCUCUCUGUUCUCAUCAUCAUUUCCACAUGUGGUGUCUCCAUUGCCAUUUUUUUCUCUUAUCUCUACAUACACUCCCUAUAUCUCUACGCAUGUAGUACGAGUAUCUAGUAAAAUCUUGGAUGAUCCGAUAUCGCUCGAUCGAUUCCAAGCUAAGGGGUUGAGUCGUGUCUCAUAUUGUGAAAGACCCCAAGAAAGAUUUGUUCUCAGAUUCUAGAAAUGUGGAAGGAAGCUGUACAUGAUGACCUUAUUUCACCAGAUCAAGUUGUGCUAAUAACUGAAUAUUCUGGUCAUUAUUGUUCAAGGUUAUUUAACUAGUAUUAUUUGGAGCAGACACUGAAUUUGAACUAGAAGAUCAUUUUUAUUGCAAAUGAUUACCUAUGAGCAAGAUCCUGAUGUUGUCCGGUGGGGUCUCCAGCUUUUUGAGGGUGAUCCUUAUUCUAAUUGUGGGUAUUAUGGAAGUCUGACCGAAAACAACACAGAUUAUUAUCAUGCCCAGGAUUUCAAAGAAGACCAAUAUGAUGUGGGAUGCAACAAUGUAGAGGAUGAUGAGUUCAUAGCACAUGCUCUUCAAGAACAUCUAUCACAACUUUCUGUCAGUGAAGCAUCUGGAUCCCCUACUGAUGGGGGAGAAAAAGUGCAAGCACCAUUUUACUCGCAUGAUUGGCUUGGCCAGCCCAUACAAAACUAUAGUUAUGGAAAUCACAAUGGCCAUGCAGAGGCAGACGAUACAAGACCUUCUAGUUCGUGUUCUAGCCCAGGAGAAAAGUCGAACUGCGAGGAAGAAUGGUCGUACUCAUUAGAGCUCGCAGAUGAGUAUGCUCUUGAUGGCGAAGUGGGCAAAAGGUUGAAUCAGAUGAUUCCCAUUCCUCACGUCCCUAGAAUUAAUGGAGACAUACCCUCUGUGGAUGAAGCUACUUUAGACCAUCAAAGACUAUUGGACAGGUUGCAGUUAUAUGAGUUGAUAGAGAUUAAUAUUCAAGGAGAUGGAAAUUGUCAGUUUCGUGCUCUAUCAGAUCAGUUUUAUCGCACUCCUGAGCAUCACAAAUUUGUGAGACAAGAAGUUGUAAAUCAGCUCAAGUCUUGCCCAGAGGUAUACGAGGGAUAUGUUCCCAUGGCUUAUGGUGAUUAUUUGAAGAAGAUGUCCAAGAAUGGUGAAUGGGGAGAUCAUGUCACUUUGCAGGCUGCUGCAGAUUCGUACGGAGUGAAAAUCCUCGUCAUAACAUCAUUCAAGGAUACCUGCUACAUUGAGAUUCUCCCGAGUGUCCAAAGAUCAGAACGAGUUAUAUUCCUGAGCUUUUGGGCAGAGGUGCACUACAACUCAAUAUAUCCAGAAGGAGAUGUUCCUGAAUUGGAAACUAAGAAGAAGAAGAGGUGGUGGGAUUUUCGGGAUAAACACUCAGAAUUAGAAGAUGACUAUAACUGAUGGCAAUGUAAUGCUCAUCGGUGUUUUCUGCCUCAUUUUCUUAUGUCGCUUGUGGAAGAUGCAACUCUGACCUGCAUUCUUUUUUCCACCAAAAGACUUCUAAUUCGUGAAAUUUCGUUUGAGCUUGUCACUUCCCAAAAAACUUCUACCAAUAUGCACUAAUUUUUGCAGCUUGCACAUGCAAAAAUUAGUAAGGGCCUUUUCUCUUGCCCCCUGGUUUAAUCAAAAUGAAUAAUUCCCGUUUUUAUUUCUUGAA